AUGCCUGUGAGUGCGGGCUCGGGCAAACAUGAGCCUUCUCAGCCCAGAGAUCAUCCACAACAGCAGCCCACAGAACACCUGCCUGAGCCCUCCUCUGUCCUCCCCCUCUCUCUCCCUCUCUCGCUCACUCUCCCUCUCCUCGUCUACACUUGCCCUGCGCAGCCUCGUCCCCGCCACCUCUCCAGCACCAGCCGGGGGGACAGCUCCCGCUCUCUGCUCACCGGCCCCAUGGAGGAACCCCAGGGCAACACACUGGUCAUUCGGAUAGGCAUCCCCGACCUGCAGCAAACGAAAUGUAUGAAGUUUAAUGUCGAGUCGCCCAUCUGGUUGUCUAAACAACAGAUCCUCUGCACACUCAACCAGAGCCUGAAAGAUGUGCUGAAUUACGGACUGUUCCAGCCUGCAUACAACGGCAAAGCCGGAAAGUUCCUCGAUGAGCAGCGAACACUGAAAGAUUACCCGCUACCUGCCAUCACACCUGUACCAUACCUGGAGUUUUGCUACAAGAGGCGAGUGUACACACAGACUCACCUGGAUGAAAAGCAGCUGUCAAAACUUCACACAAAGGCUAACUUGAAGAAGUUUAUGGAAUAUGUGCAGCAAAGGAACAUUGAGAAGGUAUCAAAGUUUCUGGAGAAAGGGCUUGACCCAAACUUCCAUGAUCCAGAGACCGGAGAAUGCCCGUUGACCAUGGCGGCGCAGCUCGAAGGUUGUGCCGAGCUCAUCAAAGUUCUGAAGAAUGGAGGAGCUCACCUGGACUUCAGGACCAGAGAUGGCAUCACUGCUCUUCACAAAGCAGUCCGGACCAAGAACCACACGGCACUUAUUACGCUGCUGGACCUGGGCGCCUCUCCGGACUACAAGGACAGUCGUGGUCUGACUCCUCUGUAUCACAGCUCUAUGGUGGGCGGUGACCCGUACUGCUGCGAGCUUUUGCUGCAUGAUCACGCUCAGGUGGGCUGCAUGGAUGAGAACGGCUGGCAGGAGAUACACCAGGCUUGUCGUCAUGGACACGUGCAGCAUCUGGAACACCUGCUGUUCUACGGAGCAGACAUGAGCGCUCAGAAUGCAUCUGGAAACACUGCCCUGCACGUGUGUGCUCUCUAUAACCAGGAUGGCUGUGCGAGAGUGUUGCUGUUCAGAGGGGCGGAUAAAGAGAUCAAGAACUACAACAGCCAAACUGCCUUCCAGGUGGCUAUUAUAGCUGGAAACUUUGACCUGGCAGAAAUUAUUAAGACUCACAAAGCAUCAGAUGUUGUGCCUUUCAGGGAAACGCCUUCCUACACAAAUCGUCGGCGCGUGACUGGAGGCGAUACUCUGACAUCAUCACGUUUGCUGCCUCGCUCCGCCUCAGACAACAACCUGAACAACGUGGGUGACAUUGGCCACGCCCACUCCCCCGUGCCGUCUCUGAGGAGCUUGCCCCCUCUGCCACACUCCGGGGUCGAGGCAGCGGCCGACGGGAGCCUGCAGAGCACUGGAAGCUCUCUUUCCUUGCACUCCCGCUCGCCUUCGCUCCAGCGUGCCAGCGAGGAGUCCGGCUCGCACACUGUACGCCAACACACGCCCCUCACACACUCCCACAGCCGUGGACGCCUCAGCCCGGGGACGAUUCAGCGGGACCCCAGCCCUCCUCCCACGGGGACCUCGCACACACUCUCAGGAGCCCGGGGCCCCAAACGGAAACUCUACAGCGCUGUGCCGGGACGCACCUUUAUUGUGGUCAAGCCGUACGUGCCGCAAGGGGAGGGAGAGAUACAGCUGAACCGUGGAGAGAGAGUCAAAGACUACCACUCAAAUGCAGUGGAAGUGUUGAGUAUAGGUGAAGGGGGCUUCUGGGAGGGCACGGUGAAAGGUAGAACCGGCUGGUUUCCUGCAGACUGUGUGGAGGAGGUACAGAUGAGACAGUUUGAUCCUCGGCUGGAGACGAGAGAGGAUCGAACCAAGAGGCUAUUCAGACACUACACUGUGGGCUCCUACGCCAACUUUUCCUCACACAGUGAUUACAUCAUCGAGGAGAAGAACGCUGUGUUACAGAAGAAAGAAAAUGAGGGAUUUGGCUUUGUCUUGCGAGGAGCGAAAGCGGAGACGCCGAUCGAAGAGUUUACACCCACGCCUGCCUUUCCCGCGCUGCAGUACCUGGAGUCUGUUGACGUAGAGGGCGUGGCCUGGAGGGCGGGGCUAAGGACUGGAGACUUCCUCAUCGAGGUAAAUGGUGUUAACGUGGUAAAGGUGGGGCACAAGCAGGUGGUGUCACUCAUCCGGCAGGGCGGGAACAGCCUCCUGAUGAAGGUGGUGUCGGUCACGCGCAAGCCAGAGUCUGAGGAGUCGGUCCGGAAGAAGGCUCCCCCUCCUCCGAAGAGAGCGCCCAGCACCACCCUCACACUGAGGUCCAAGAGCAUGACAGCUGAGCUUGAGGAGCUGGCCUCUGCCAGGAGGAGAAGAGGAGAAAGGCUAGAUGAGAUUUUGGCUUCUCAGGAGUCAGUACUGAGACCGAAGGUGGAGGCCGAUUACAGAGCAGCCACGGUGAAGCAACGUCCUACCAGCCGCCGGAUUACACCAGCAGAAAUUAGUUCUCUUUUUGAGCGGCAGGGUCUGGCUCUUCAUGGUGCUCUUCACCCAACGUUGGAAAAAGCCCACAUGCAGCUGCCAAAAAGCAUGGCCAGAACCAAGUCUUUUGGAGCGACAGAGGAAGAUCGACUGUCUGCCCUAGCAGCGGAGCACAGGUUUCCGCGGAGCUCCUCCAUGACGGACACACUGAGAGACAGCCAUAAUAUUCCUCCUCCUCCCCAAACUGCUCCCCCACCUCCCCCAUUGCUUUACUAUCUCGAUACGGGCCCUCCUCCUUCCUUCUGUCCGCCCCCUCCUCCUGGCCGAGUUCACGACCCCAGCCGGUCCAGUUUUAAGCCAGGCUCUGAGCCCAGACUGCAUGCCUUGCCGCAGACGAUGUCUGCGGAGCUGUUUGAGCCCCCUCGUCAUGCCGCACACAUGGAGCGACAGAAGAAAGCUCGCUCCAUGAUUAUCCUGCAGGACUCCUCCCACCUUCCUGUGGAGCCAACGGACAUCCAACGGCCAGGUCCUGUCUCGACUCCCCCUGAGAGGAUCAAGCGGAAAGGUCGAAUCAUUGAUAACCCCUACGCCAAUAUGGGCCAGUUCAGCAUGGGUCUGUUCACGCCAGCUCCGAGCAAGCCACAGCGAAGGAAGAGCCCUCUUGUAAAGCAACUGCAGGUGGAAGAUGCUCAGGAGAGAGCCUCGCUAGCACUGGCAUCCAUCCAUGCCAGAGAACACUCUCCUUCUGGGCGUCUAGCGGCCCACCACACCAGCAGGGCUGACAUUUACCAGCAACAACAGCAGCUGUUGAAGGAUCGUGGUAAAGCUCAGGUAGAGGGAUUGUUUCAAGGUAAAGGACCCUUUGCUUCUGCAAUUGCUGAUGCUGUGAAAGACCGUGAACGUCGUCUGGAGGAGAGGCGGAAAUCCACAGUCUUCCUAUCAGUGGGAACCAUGGAGGGCAGUUCAGCCCCACCCCCUGAGGCCCCCUCACUCACUCCGUCACGUUCUGUUGAUGAGCGAUUGCUCACCCGUGAACUUGGUCAGUUGCCACCUCCUGCCCUGGCAUUGCUUCCCUCCCUUGGGGGCACCACUUUUAUUCACCCACUGACAGGCAAGCCCCUGGACCCUAACUCUCCACUGGCACUUGCGCUGGCCGCAAGGGAACGGGCAUUAACUUCCCAGAGUCAGUCCCCUGCCAGCAGCCCUGAGCCCAGAAUUAAACAUGAAGCUGCUGGAGGGGUGCUCUACAUGGAGACCCAGACCAAAGAGGCUGAGCGGUCAGAGGGGGAGAGGGACUUUGUCUCACCCCCCUUUUCCCCUGGAACGAAAAGAACAUAUGACACCUCUGCCGCCACCAGCAAGAUUCAGUGGGGGAGCCCCAUAUCCACCAGGAAAGAGUUGGAGGCAAGGACAGAAAGCAAAGAGGACAGGAAAAUUGAGGACAAGAAGAGUAUGAUCAUCAGCAUCAUGGACACGUCUCAGCAGAAAACUGCUGGGCUAAUCAUGGUCCAUGCCACAAGUAAUGGGCAGGCCAUGGGGGACAGCCCAGUGCACAGUGCCCAAUCUCCUAAAGGGGCUUUGUCAGAGAGCCCAAAACACAUGUUGGCCGAAAUAAAGCGUGCUAAGUCUCCUGGUCCUGAUGCGCCUUCAGUAUCCACCCCAACUCCGACCGCAACUCCAACCACCCAACCACCUCCCUGCCCUUCCUCAGAUAAAACCCUGGCUCAGGGUAGUUCUGAGGAGGACAUAGAACCCUACACGGUCACCUUACCACCUGCCAUGCUGUCCUCUAGCGAUGAGGAGACGCGAGAGGAGCUCCGCAAAAUUGGUGUGGUUCCUCCACCAAAUGGAUUUGCCAAUGGCCUUCUUGCAAAGGCACCCGAAAAGGCAGUACCUCCUGCUCCGACAUUGGCACAGAUGACCCCUCCCCCCACCCUUCCAGCAGUGGCUGCCGCAGCAGCACAGGUCUCCGCUAGCAGCGGCCAACAAGAAGCCUCAGGGAAGCCAUCUGAGUCCCACCUGGGCCCAGAAUCUGCUGCUGAUUCCGGAGUGGAAGAGGUCGACACUCGUAGCUCCAGCGAUCACCACCUAGAGACAACGAGCACCAUCUCAACCGUCUCCAGCAUGUCCACUCUAUCCUCGGAGAGCGGCGAGCCCACGGACACCUACACCACCCACGCAGAUGGCCAAACGUUUAUUCUUGAUAAACCGCCAGUGCCUCCAAAGCCAAAGCUCAAGUCCCAGCUCAGCAAGGGCCCGGUGACGUUCAGGGACCCUCUACUCAAGCAGUCCUCUGAUAGUGAACUGCUCUCGCAGCACGCAGCGGCUCUGGCGGCUGCUGCGGGAGCCUCAGGCUUGGCCAGACCCCGCUACCUCUUCCAGAGACGCUCAAAGUUGUGGGGGGACCCCGUGGAACCCCGUCCACUUGCAGGGGCAGAGGAAGGCAAGCCCACUGUGAUCAGUGAGCUCAGCUCACGGCUACAGCAGCUCAACAAGGACACUCACUCGCUUGGUGAAGAGCCACUUGGAGCUUCGCUUGAUCCCGGAAGGAAGUCGCCUGUGGUCGGUGCAAGACUCUUCAGCAGUUUAGGGGAGCUCCAUACAAUCUCUCAGAGAGGCUACGGCACCACCUACACCAUCCGACCUGGCAGCCGCUACCCAGUGACCCACAGAACGCCUAGCCCUGGUUCCCCAGACCGCUCAGACCCUCUGGGACCCAUCCGGGGCUUCGGACUGGCCACUUCCCCCACCACACCCCCCACCAUUCUCAAAUCGUCCAGCCUCAGUCUCCCUCACGAACCGAAGGAGGUGCGAUUCGUCAUGAGGAGUUCCAGUGCGCGGAGUCGCUCUCCCUCGCCUGCCCCCUCCCUGGGCAUGCCCUCCCCUCUGCUCGCCCUCCGGCCAUUCCACCAGAAACCUCUACACCUUUGGAACAAGUAUGACGUGGGCGACUGGCUGGCCAGCAUUAACCUGGCCGAGCACCGCGAGCGGUUCCAGGAACAUGAGAUUGAGGGUUCCCACCUGCCCGCUUUGACCAAGGAGGACUUCGCCGAGCUGGGCGUGACACGUGUCGGUCAUCGCAUGAACAUUGAGCGCGCCCUUAAACAGCUGCUGGAGAGUUGA